AUGGUUCUACACAACCCCAACAACUGGCACUGGGUCAACAAGGACGUCUCAGCAUGGGCCAGGUCCUACUUUGACGAGAGCCUCACAAAGGUUCAGGCCGAGGAGGGUGAGGUCAAGGCCAAGAUUGAUAAGAUCCAGAGCAUGGAUGGUGAUGUCGAUGUCAGCCAACGCAAGGGCAAGGUGAUUACCAUCUUUGACGUCAAGCUGGUGCUUCAAUAUUCUGGAUCUGCUCCCGGUGAGGAUGAUGUUUCUGGUACCAUUACUGUGCCUGAGAUCGCCCACGACACGGAAGAAGACGAGUACGUGUUCGACGUAGACAUCUUUGCCGAGUCCAAGGAGAAGCAACCCGUGAAGGAUCUCGUCCGAUCAAAGAUCGUGCCUCAGCUGCGCCAGGAAUUCCAGAAGCUUGCCGGCGCCCUCAUCGCCGAGCAUGGCAAGGAUAUUCAGCAUGCCCCCGGCUCCAACCCCUCGAGCGGCUUCUCGACUCCCAAGAUUCACCCUCAGAGCUCCACUCCUAAGCCUGCUGCCACUUCCAGCACUCAAAGUAAGACCGGAGGUGUCGUAAACACCACUACCGUGACCGACAACGAAGAGUUCCGAACUACUGCUGAAGAGCUGUACCAAACCUUUGUCGACCCCCAACGAAUCGCUGCUUUCACACGGUCUCCCCCCAAGGUCUUCGAUGGCGCCAAGGUUGGUGGAAAGUUUGAGCUGUUCGGUGGCAAUGUGUCUGGCGAGUAUCUCGAGCUUGAAGAGCCUAAGAAGAUCACCCAGAGCUGGCGACUGAACCAGUGGCCUGCCGGUCACUUCUCCAAGCUGCACAUCGAGUUUGACCAGAACGACGUCGACCACGUUACCGUUAUGCGAGUCAAGUGGGAGGGUGUUCCUAUCGGCCAGGAGGAUGUUACCAAGCGUAACUGGCUCGAGUACUACGUCAAGAGCAUCAAGCAGACUUUCGGCUUCGGCACCAUUUUGUAA